CCUAGGUUAGCUGUAAUCAGAGAAUUGUGGUUGAUUUAUUGCCGCUCUAGAAUAAGGGUGUGCCCUAUGCAAACAAGACAAAUCAAUAGUGGCCUAUAUACUUACAAUCAACAGAUUUCCUCGUAACGAAAGAAACAUGCGCAUGCGCAGUAGACACCGCUAAGCAAUCAUCGGCGCAUGUGUUUAUCAUACAAGGAGGCUAUUCCGUAGAGGUGAUUAUCAUUCAACGCGAUGGCUUCGAGGAAGAGAACUGGUCUGAUGCUGGCACUGGUGUUUAUCAUUGGAUAUUACAUUUACUAUCACGCUUCUUCAGCGACAGCUUGGUUAAAUCAAUCGGAGUCCCUGAGCUCAAUAGCUUUGUCAAGAACACAAAUUCUCCCAUCAGGGAUGCAAGUGACCUUCAACAUAGACAACGACACCAACAAAAUUCUGUCACAGAGCAUUGACGACCCAUCCCUUCUGAAACCUGAAAUCACAGUCGUUACAGCGUAUUUUAACAUUGGCUCAUUCGCCAAGGGAAGCACAUCCAACAUGUACACACCAAGCCGUUAUAUGCACUGGAUGAAGGUGUUUGGCAGAAUCAGGAACAACCUUGUCGCAUAUACCGAUUCUAGAGAUACCUUUAAUUUACUGAAUAACCUCAGACGUAAGUUCCCUAGCAACAUGACAAAGGUAUUCCUUAUAGACAGGGCCAAUCUGUGGUCGUUCUCUUUGGCUGGGGAAAUUCGAAGUAUUUACACUCAGCCUAACUAUCCACAUCAUCAUCCGAACACAGUUAACGAGAACUACUCAUGUGCGAUGCAUGCAAAGUUUGAGUUAGUUAACAAAGUCUUAAUGGAGGAAUUGUUUCCUACCAAAUAUUUCUGUUGGUUGGAUAUUGGACUCUUUCGUGAUCUUGCUAAUGAUAACUCAGUGUUCAAGCUUCAAAUACCACACGAAUGGGACAAAAGUAGAGUCGCUUAUAGCCGUGUGUAUGGUUUUAACGAUAAAGCUACAAUAGAAAGCGUAAUCAAAGGGAACAGUGUAUGGGUGGGCGGGGCCAUGUUUCUGGGAACUCCUGAAGUGUUGAACAAGUAUACCGAAGACUACAUGAAUACAGUCAAGAUGUUGUUAAAACAACGUUUAAUGAACACAGAUCAGCAGGUGAUAUACUCAAUGUAUCUCCCGUCGUCCAAAGUCAAGCCUCGGGUUCAAAUCCAGUUAUUUUCUGGAAAGAAAAGCCCGUAUAAUCCAUGGUUUUAUCUUGGUUACCUGUGCAGAGAGACAUCGCAUAAGGCCCCGAAAUGAUGCCAUCAGGUCUAUUUCCUAAAUAAUUAAGUCAAAAUCCAAUUGAUUUUUAAGCACUUUCAGUUCAUCCUAAUCCUAAAGGUUACAAAACGUUAAAGCAAAAAUCUGAGAAAAGAAUACGCCAUACUAUGCAUUGUAUAUUUUAAAUAUUGUUGAUUGUUGUCUUUUUAGCUGUUAAAGAUAAAUGUCAUGAUUCAAAUGAAAACCAAAUAAGUCAUCUGUUGAUGUAGUUUUUAAAAACCUUUCUGCUACUUUUUACUUAAUUAA